AUGUCUGUUUUCCAACCACUCACCUUAUCCCAAAUAAGACGUGAUCCAGAAAGCCAUCGCCAAAUACGAGUUUAUGCCGAUGGCGCUUAUGAUUUGUUCCAUUAUGGUCAUAUGGAACAAUUGAAACAAGCUAAAACGGCGUUUAAGAACAUUUAUUUGAUUGUAGGAGUUGUUACUGAUGCUGAUUGUCUUCAAUUUAAGUCGGGCCCAACAGUUAUGACUCAUGAAGAACGUGUUAAAAGUGUGGAAUGCUGUACAUUUGUAGAUGAAGUUAUAGCCUAUCCGCCGUUCUAUCCAACAAUUGCAUUUGCUAAUAAGCAUGAGAUUGAUCUUGUUGCACAUGAUUCUAUUCCUUAUGAAAUUAAUAAUACAGUCUCAACAAUCGAUGACUGCUAUGAGCCAUUUAAGAGAGCUGAUCGUUUUCUGGAAACCAUCAGAACGCCAGUUAUCUCAACAACGGAAUUAGUUGAAAGAAUUAUUUCUAGAGCCGAUGAAUAUAGACUUCGAAAUAUUAAAAGAGGAGUAUUAUCCAUGAAAGAUGUUGAAGCUAUAAUUGGAUAA